UGUAAUAAUAAUUUAGAUGAUGCAAUGAGUGAACAGAUUAUAUUGUAUUCAAGAACUAAUAGAUUAUUAUUAGUACUUGAAAAUGACAAAAUAGAAGCAGGAUUUGCGCAUAAGCUACAUAGAAAUGGAUACGGUUAUUCACACAAUAACAAGGUUAUAUGUGAAUCAGAAUAUUAUGGAAGAGUUAUAACUAAAAAUAAAAAUAAAUCAAGAAUUGUAGAGAAAUAUAUAUCUGUAUUAUGUGAACAGUUUUCAGUUAUAGAUAGUAUGUUUGAAAAAUUAUUAUAUAGGGGAUUUAGUCCUAUAUAUAACUAUAACAUAUGUGCUAAUCCUAUACAGAAAAAAAGUUUAGAACAUUCAGCACGCAAGAAUACUUCUAUAAUAUUUUCUGUACCGUCAAUAUUUGUUUUCGCAGUAUAUUUAUUACUUUUUCUAUUAUGUAGUCCAUUAAAUCUAUUAAUAUAUCGA